UUGUUUUUCACGAGAAAAAGCACUUUAACUUCUCCUUUCCCUUAUAUUGACGAACAGGUUGCGGGAUACGGUGGGAGAUAGUUUUUCGCUCUGGACGGCGCAGAUGCCGGUUUUAGCAUCCACGCUCUGGGGUAGAUCUUAUCGAGUAAUGACUAAUCAUCGGAGCUCAUUUGCGGCAUGAAUGACAACGACGUGACAGCCUGUACCAAGAAUCAAUAUCUAGAUAUUUGGCGAAAUUCGACUCUGAAAUCCUACACUAAUUAAGCGACCGAAUUCUUUGCAAGAUUGGAAUCACGAAGCUUUGUAGUUCCCUUUGUUUACGGACAACGUUAGUGGAAGUCUCUGCGAUCGCAAUCGCCAGAAUACCUUCGAGAAAUUAUCGUCUGGCACUAAGUAUUCUAGCGGGGAGCAAUUCUUUAAUUAACGUAACUAGUCAGAGUGGAAGCCACAGAGGUUUUUCUCGACCAUUGAUUUCGUUGUGUUCAUCUUUGAGGUGUCAACGUGGUGUGAAUUUCAUCCUCUUUGGAAAUUCUUUGUACGACUGUUGUAAACUGUGUGCGAAAUACAGACCAGAAAUCGAUCAAAGCUGGCGGCGAUCGCAAAUUAUAACGAUAUAACUUUACUCGGGUAAAUCGCCGAGUGCUCAGUUGACGCAGAAUCAGAAACUAUGGCAUCUCCGAUCAAGCGAAUGAUGAGUUUACGGGAGACGAAGUCUAACAAAGUAAAUGGUGAAUCGCCUUCCCAAAGUCCAAAUCGAAAGCCAAAAAUCUUGAAAAUUCUACGCAGACAAUCAUUUAAUCAAAGUAGAAAGCGUAGUAAUGACGAAACCAGCACUCGUUCCGCUCCAGAAGUAGUGGACGAUCAACAGAAUGUACCGAAACCGGUUGUGAAAUCGCCUAAUCAAAUACGUGAUUUGGAAGCCUUUCAACAGUACCACAAAGAACUACGCAGUGCAGUUCAGUAUUUUAUUCUUAUUUUGAACAAUUUCAAGAGCAACAUGGACAUUGUGAUGGCAAAAAUCCCGGACAACACUUCGAUCGUGUUGGAGUCAAUCAUCAAUAUCGACAAUAUGCUUGAUACCUGUCUGCGACUUCAUAGUAGUAACAGCGAUCUGUUACCUUACAGAAAAUCAAUUCACAAACGAAUGGCAGAGCUAGUUCGAUGGAGCGAUCAGCUUUUGGUGCGAGGAAACGUUAAAGGCAAUCUCGAAGAAGGAAUCGAAUGCGUUAAAGAUCUUGAAGCGAGCGUGCAGGAAUUAGUGGAUUUGGCAAUUCCGCGGCUUAGAAAACGGGAACUAAAUGAUGAAAUUCGAAACUCGAUUUUCAUGUUCGAAGGAAGCAGUGAAAGUAUUCAAGUUGGUGAAUCGGACUACGGACAUUCGUCUAAUCGAAGAGAUUCGGGAAUCAGCGAAGGGAGUCUUGUUGAUAGUGCUUGUCAGGAUUCCAGUUCUUCAAGGGCUUCUCCGGCUACUUCUCGUGAUUCUGGUCGCGGUUCUUAUAACUACAUCCUUGAUCAACCUGAUACAGCUCAUCAUAAUGGAUACUUAAGCCCUCCUGAACCUCCAGUCCGAGGAAGGCAGUCAUUCAGGAGCACAUCAAAUUACAACCAUCAACGCAAUCCUGCCACCUUAAAAAACUCUGACUGGUCACUCAGCCAGGCAAGCGAUUCAUCCAGCUAUCGCUCGCUACCGCACUCACCAGUUAGUUCUCAGGAUGAAUUCAAUGGCCAUGCAUUUCUAUCAGCAUCAAGCUCUGUUGAAGAAGAAGGAUCAUUCUUUUCUGCAGAUGAUCAUGAAGAACCAGAGGGCCCUAUAAUCCAAGCCUCUUUUCUGGGAUACAUAGAGAAUCAUGAAUUAUCAACACCCAAAAAGAAAUCCUUUCAAGUGUACAUUGAACUUGUUGGAAAUUACACUCAGCCUGCUGAUGGGAUCUUAAAACGGCCAUCAUCUGCUUAUGAUGGUUACCAGGAAAGUUUUCGGCGUAGCAUCAGUACAAAUGCAAAUUCUCCCACCUCACCUGUGCUCAAUAAAGAAAUGUUUGCAUUUCGAAACGUUGCAGAUUCAGAACGUUCUCAUUCUCUUCCCACCUUGCAAGCAAGUACAGGAAAACUCUCGCCUUCCCACCAAAUCAAAACAAAUGGAACCCUCGACUGGAACAAAAAUGUCAGAACAGAUUCUCAAAGGAAAAAGCUACUUCCACUUGAGGAAGAACGGUGCCGGAAACAAAGUAACACCAGCAGUAGCUCAAGCAGUUUGAGUGGAACAGAAGAUGAGGACGUCAAUACCCCUGCACUCGAUUGUUUGGAUGUUUCGAGGUUUCUUGUCUAUCGCAAUGAUGACGAUGGGCCAACGCUCAUCGGUGGAGCUAUUGAUGCACUCAUUGUCCACGCCAGUGGUUCAACAAAGAAAGACCUGGUUUAUUAUGAAGCUUUCCUCACUACUUAUAGAACUUUCAUUUCUCCAAAGGAUCUUAUCACCAAACUCCUCUACAGGGAGAGGAGGUUUCGAGAGAAAGGUUCUAAGAGAGCCAGCCAAAAUGCUUUCUUCUUACUUCUCAGAGUUGUUGAUGAAUUGACUGGAAAAGUUGAGAGAAGCAUCUUGGAGCAGCUAAUGAAAGAAGUGUAUCGCCUUCUUGUAAAUGGAGACAUUGUUCUUGGAAAGAUUUUGCGUGACAAAAUGUUGCCAAAGUGUGACAAUUACUACAAGUCGCGUUCUCCUUCAAGCAACACUCCUCCUACCCUCCCCAUGGAUCCAGCACAGAGGUACACAGUGUUGGAUUUUAAUGCUGAGGAUCUUGCAAAACAACUCACCUUAAUUGAUGCAAGGAACUUCCACAACAUUGAAAUUCCAGAAAUCCUUGCAUGGGGUAAGGAACAAAAGGAGGAACUAUCACCAAACUUGUGCAUUUUUACAGAUCACUUCAACAAAGUUUCCUAUUGGUGUCGUACGCAUGUUCUCUCAUUUGAGAAACAGAAGGACAGGGAGCAGGCCUACCUUAAAUUCCUGAAAAUCAUGAAGCAUUUACGGAGGUUCAAUGACUUUAACUCAUUCUUUGGAAUCCUUUCUGCGCUGGACUGUUCCGCAGUGAGGAGACUCAACUGGCCCAAGAAUUUGCCAGAGAAUCUAGCAGAGUAUGCAACAUUGAUUGACAGCUCGUCAUCUUUCAGGUCAUAUCGGGAUGCACUGGCACAAGCACAGCCACCUUGCAUUCCCUAUCUUGGACUCAUCCUCCAAGAUGUCACAUUUGUUUACCAUGGUAACGCAGAUGAACUGCCUGAUGGCAAAGUGAAUUUUGUGAAGAGGUGGCAGCUUUUUAAUAUUGUUGACAAUGUGCGACGGUUUAAACUUACAAGUUAUGAUUUUGAGUGGAAUGAUCAGAUUUCACAACUGUUUGCAGGAAUGGACAAUUUCUUGUCAGAAGAGGAUCUGUACGAGAGGUCUCUUAAACUGAAGCCUCGAGAAUGAACGUAACUACGUCUCCUAGUUCAAUUUCAUGACAUUUGUGGAUAUGUACCUCAAGGUGAAAAUAUUAUUGCAUUAUGCAGUCCACAUAUUAUUCAAUCACAUUUUGAAAUUUUUUAGAAAAAUGCCUAAAUCCUUUUUUUUUGUUUUUAUUGUUUUUCUUUUGUGCAUAAUUGCAUGUUGAUAUUUUCCAGUGUACAGUCAGAUACUUAUGAUAUUUUGGCCUCCAAAUUUGACUUCAUUGGUACGGCCCCUUGCAGGCUUCAUAAAUAAUUUAGUGGCAGCUGAUUGUAUAUUGAGUGAAUUGUUUCAUGUUGGUGACUGGUAGCUUCUAGAAACACUGGCAAUGCAAAUGCCUAGGCAAUAUGGUGCAACCACACUGUAUAGAUCUGAGAAUAAUUCUGUAUCGAUCUGAGAAAAAUUCUUUGUCUGCCUCAGUGGCACCAUUAUUGGUUGCUUGACAAUAAGAGAGAGAAAAAGCAAGUUAAGAAAGAUGGGAAAAGACUUAAAUACUUAAAUACUUUCCUUAAAUUUUACUGUCUCACUUCAUGGCUCUUGCACCAAACUGUCAUGAAGGCAAUGAAAACUGCUAACUACACAGCUUAUAUUGUGCCAUGUUACCAAAUUUUCAUUUUAACUUGUUUUGAGUUUUAAAGAAUGUGCGUGUGAUGAGGUACUGUAUGUAUGUUUUUUCCAGGAUGCUAACAUUAACUGAUUUUUGGGCACCAGGUUGAAAACCAUUUUAUAUCGAGUCUGGACAAUUGGUCUAUGGAAAAGCAAUUGAGAGAAAAUUGUGGAAAAUAAUUGAUAGAUCAAAGGUUGUCUUGUAAAGUGCAUGAAAAUAGGGUCACUGAAUAUAAUCUUGCAGUUUUUCAGUUUUUAGGUUAUGUUUGCAUGCCAACAUACUAAAAAAAAUCUUAGACUGUCUCUAGUAACUCAGUGUACCUAUCAUAUAGGAUUUUUAUAAGUCAUAGUUUGCAAGAGGUACAGUUGCAUGCAACAUUUAAGGCAGGUUUUUUUAUGAUAUAGCUAACGCACACUGCAAUAUUGCUUCUGCAACAAUCUGUACCACAAUUACCACACAGCAAUUUGCGCUAGAUGCCCAUUAACAGUCAUCAGUUUCGGAUUGUUAAUAUUUCAGGUUUUAAAUUACAGUGAUAGUUGAGGGUAAUUUAACAAAGUCUGGAAUUGAGAGGAAGUAUACAGUUGUUCUCAAUAUUUUUGGUCAAUGUAGACAUGCAUAAAUUAUGUUUCUAGAGAGUGUUUUUAUGUUUAUAAAAAAUUUCACUAUAUAGAUAAACUAUUCCAUUAUUAUUAAUAUUGUUUUUAUAAGCUUCUGAAACUGCAAUAUUAUUUAUGGCUUUUUGGGUCACGGCUUGAUGGAAUAUUGGUGCUUUCAAUUAUCUUUUAUAUUUCAGGAAAGUUGAAUGCAAUCUAUUUUGUGCAAUGAAAUAAUUUUUAUGAGAAAUAUGUGAGUGAGUGGUUAGGUUUUACAGUCAUUUUAAUUAUUAACAGAUAACAUAUUUUUGUAUUUUUGAAAACAAUUUUGAAAAGACAAGGAGUUUUGAGUGAUCACUUGAAAUCUGAGGUAGAUUUGUUUAUUGCAUAGGAUGUGGAGUGAUUGGAAGAGAAUUUUUUUAGAGUGUGUUUUUCAAAUUAUUUUUUAACAUGUACAUGUAAAUGCUUAAAAUAAUUGAUGUGCUUGAAGCAAUUGAAUUGUCUGCUUUGAGUCAAGCUGGCACUCAGCAGGUUAAAAGAUAAUCUCUCUUUUCAUCAAUUUUAUCAGAUAAUGUUUGUUUCAGGAUAAAUUUCCUUUUUGCUAUAUCCUGUCUGACUAUGCCCACUUGACAAAUUUUAUUUGCAUGCCUUGAUAAGAAGAAAAUAAGCUUUACUUUACGUAACUGGCUUAAAACAUUAGUGCAGAGAACAGACAAAUUGCUGCAAGUUACAGUGUAGUGAAGCCAAAGUAAAAUUUUGAAAGUGAAAGUGCCUGUCUGUAUGAUGUUAUUCCAACUUGUUUUUAUGAAAGAAAAGUUACAAUAAUGUCAUUCUCUCGGAGAGUUAACACUGUGUCACUGCAGGAGACAAUUUUAGUCACAGAUUAGAUAAAUAGCUUGCUGUGCGUCUUAUUUCUCAAUGCAAUCAAAUUUUAGAUCUCUCAAAGGAAGUUUUAAGAAGCAUCUAAGUACUCCAAUUUUAAUCUGAAAAUAAUUUACAUUGUUAAAACUUUUUUUAUAAUUGAUGAGAACCACAAAAGUUUCUUUUGUAAUAUUAAAAUUGUGAAGAAUUGAAA